AUGCGUGCGCUCGCUGUUGUUACGUCUGCUCUUUACGUCAGCUAUGUCUCCGCACAACAGGGAGCUGUCUGCUUCGACGACUUGGACUGCUUGCUUUCGGGAGGACAAAAUGCCAAAUGCGUGAGGGCACAGGCUGGAGGCAUCACAGGAAACUGCGCUGGAGGUAAAGCCGCCGGAGCCGCCGGCGCAGCAGCGGGAGCAGGAGCAGGAGCAGGAGCAGCGCAGCCUGCUGGUCAGCAAGCCGCUGCUGCCGACCCAAUCGGCACAUUGUUAGGAGGACUAUCGGGCAAAAAGGCUGCAGGCAAGACUACUGCCGGUGCUGCAGCGCCAGCGAAGGCGAAAACCGCUGGAAAAGCAAAGGCUCCGGCUAUAGGGGCUCGGCAAGCUGCCGCGGCACCUGCUGCUUCUGCAGCUCCCGCCGCCGACCCCAUCGGCGCCGUCCUCGGAACAGCAGCAGGUCUGCUGAAAGGUAAGGGUGGCCAACCGGCUGGUGCCGCCGCCCCGGCUGGAUCUCAAGCUGCCGACCCAAUUGGCCAAGUUUUGGGAAUUGCCGCCGGAGUCCUAAAAGGCAAGGGAGCUCCCACAGCCGGGGCCGCAGCCCCGGCUGGACAGCAGGCAAAUCCCCUUAAUGCUGUACUUGGAGCUGCAGCAGGAUUGCUGAAAGGGAAAGGCGGCGCUCAGCCAGCUGCCGCGGCUCCCGCAGCUGGUGUCGCUGCUCCUCCACCCGCAGCAGCCCCGGCGGCACCGGCACCAUCUAAGCCGGCCGCUUCAGCUCCCGCCCCACCAGCAGCUUCUAAGCCGGCUGGUUCCGCCCCCGCCGCCCCCGCCGCCCCCCCAGCUGCCGCUCCUCCGAAGGCCCCGGCUGCGGGCAAGUCAGCUCCGCCUCCUGCUGCAGCCCCGACAGCCUCGGCAGGUGGAAAGCCCGCACCUCCGCCUGCCGCCCCUCCUCCCAAGGCUCCGGCCGCAGGGAAACCCGCUCCGCCACCUGCCGCUGCCCCUCCUCCAGCCCCCGUUGGCGGAAAGCCUGUGCCAGCUUCUCCUGCUGCGCCCGCGGGCAAACUUUUCCGCCGCGUUUACUUCUAG